GCGCGUUGCGAGGGUCUCUGUGGGGGCGCCGGCGGCCUUUCCUCCCACACACACACUUUCCUGCUUGUCAGAGGGGAAGAUUUUUGGCCGCGAACUGCGCGGCAGACACGGAGAUCGGCCGGUGCAUUUAGACGCGCUUAUUUUUUUUUAGUUACCGGUUCCCACUUCGGCCACGGGACCCGGCGAGUGGGGCCAGACGUUUCCUUUGACUCCAGGCUGGGCGCACGUGCUGCCAGGAAACGCCCCUCCACACGCUAAGCCUCUCCCUAUUGCGCGUAUAGUUUUUGGGGGGAGUAGGUGACCGACCCCCGACCCCACUUUCAGCUUCUCGGCAGGGUCCGCAUCCGGUCUCUGCUCCCUUUCCAGCGUUCCCGGGAAUCUCUUGAGGAGCACCGGCUCUCCAGGGCUGGGCGCACGCCUUGACCAAAUGGAGAAGAGGAAGCCGCGGGCCGCGGUGGAUCAGCCUGUGCGAACCGCCAGCUGCAAUGGGUACGCGCUGGCCGAGAAGCAGCCUCCCCUUCAGCGGAGUCGCUCGGGGGAAGCGCCGUCCCGUAGCUGGAAGACCGCGGCUGGCGGGCAUCCCUUAGAGAGCUGGAAGGAAGAGCGGACCCGCAGCGAAGAGGACAACGAAAUGAACUUGCCCGGCCUGGCCGCCGCUUACACCACCAUCCUGAGUGCCCUGGGCGAAGACCCGCAGCGCCAGGGGCUGCUCAAGACGCCCUGGAGGGCGGCCACGGCCAUGCAGUACUUCACCAAAGGCUAUCAGGAGACCAUUACAGAUGUACUCAAUGAUGCCAUAUUUGAUGAAGACCAUGAUGAGAUGGUGAUUGUGAAGGAUAUUGAUAUGUUUUCAAUGUGUGAACAUCACCUGGUUCCAUUUAUUGGAAAGGUGCAUAUAGGUUAUCUUCCCAACAAACAAGUCCUUGGGCUCAGCAAGCUUGCAAGGAUUGUGGAAAUAUACAGUAGACGAUUACAAGUUCAGGAGCGCCUCACAAAACAAAUUGCUGUUGCCAUCACGGAAGCCUUGCAGCCCGCUGGAGUUGGGGUGGUGAUUGAGGCAACGCACAUGUGUAUGGUGAUGCGAGGGGUUCAGAAAAUGAACAGUAAGACUGUAACCAGCACCAUGCUUGGAGUAUUCCGAGAAGACCCAAAGACACGUGAAGAAUUUUUAGCACUCAUCCGUAGCUAAAAAUGUGCCAUCAAUUUUCCUUCCUGGACUGUCUUCUCUAGCAUUGAUGUUGAAUCUUUUGCUGUUUGUGUUGCUCCUUCUCUUUUUGAAAAAGUAACAGUCACUUUAACAUUUCUGAAGUUUUACUGUAUUGGUGGUAAGUUCCAUCAUGUAGUUUCUUUGCUCAUAUGGUUCCUUGUGUCAUUGGAGCAUAAAGGUCCUAGAAAUAUUUUCUCAAUCUAUGUUACCUGACUGUCUUAAGGCAAAUGUCAUGCAGUGGCUAUGUGUUUUUGUGUGGGCUUAAUCAGGUUGUUUUUGUCCAAGUCAUCUGAAGUGCUUGAAGGACAUAUCCUCACUGAGACAGAGAAACUCUUUGCCCUAAUGUCCAGCAAAUUUCUCCAUCCUUUUUCAAAGGUCAAGAAAGAUGGACAAAGGAAUUAGCGGCUUUUUCAUAGUCUAGAUGUUAAAGAGAGGGCGUUACUUCCUUCCCACAUGAUUAGGGGGUCAUUCAUUCAUUCAUUUUCAUUCAUUCCUGUUCCUUGUUUCAGACCAACUUGUACCACCACUCCCUAUUUUGUAUUUCAGUUGCAGCUAGCCCAAUUCUUCACUUUUGUAAUUUCUUUUACUUCUUACGAAUGAAAUUGGCCCCAUUUUCCUCGUGGAUGAGUUUCCAUUGCCUUUGCUCAGAUGUCUCUCCAAUCGCAGGAAAGUAGAAGUCAAAUUUCUUCUAGCAAUUUCCAUUGAUGAAAUGGAAAUUAUGGGCCUUCUUAGAGAGGGAAGGAAAAUCUAGAACCCUUGUUUUGGAGUGGUUGAAUUGUUGUGUUCAUUACUGAUAUAAUAGUUAUAUACGGUAUAAUAGUUAUAAGAGUAAUAUAACUUUUUAUAAUUUAAGUUCUGAAAGACCCAGGGUCUGAAAUCUUGAGAUACUUGUGUUAAUUUCAUCAUAAUGCAGGGAACUGGAUAGCAACUGGUUUUGCUGGACAAGAGUUGUUUAAACAAAAAAGAUAUGGCAAAAACUCUGGCAUUGAAGAGAAAACGUAAGUCAUAAUUUGCCUGGCAUUUGUUUCACUGAUGGGACAAGAUACAAAAUGGAAUUCCUUUCUUUCCGUUCUGAUGGGAGCAGAACUAUGGACAAACUCAGCCCUCCUGCAUAAACUGGGUCUACAUCUCCAAGCAUGUUAGGAAUUCUGGGAGUUGUAGUUUCAACUCAUUUGGAAAACAUUAUCAUGGAGGAGGGUGGGGCUGCCCUCAGGAAUCCAGGAUUUAUUACACUUUGAUAGGAUUGGAGCAUUGUAUUUUUCCCUUAUAUGAAACUGAUUUGGAUGUUCUCUUUUAGUAAACUAUAGUAACUUUUUUUUACCACAUGAUUUCUGUUCAGUGUAGGUUGUGACUAUACUGUGGAUAUUACCACAUGGUAUAUAUUCUAUACUGGACUAUUUUCAGGACUUGCAUUCAAGUAAAAAUGAUUUAAGUUACUUCUUGGAUGUCAGCCCUACAUUGUUUACAAUAACUUGGUUCCAAUUUCAGACCACCUCCAGCCUGAGAUUCUGCAUCUUUGUUAAAACAGGUCUUGACAGGAACAUUUUGAACAGAAUCAGUUUUCAGACAAAGAUGGAAUAAAGGAUAUUGGGAGGCUGUUUUUAGCAGCCAAUUCCUUAUUUGUCUUCAAUUUUUCUAUUUGCCUUUUUACCGUAUCCUGUUCAGAAGUGAUUUUGUAAGCUAAAACUAUGUGGAGGAAAAACACAAGGAUCUCUGGAAAAACCUUCCUGAUCCCCUCCUGGAUACUGGAUAAUAUUAUAGACUCUGUUUCUUUGGCAGAAUUAGCAACUGCUACCUCUUGUCCUGUGGCUCUUGGCAAGUUCCCAUAAUCGGAAGGGUAAACCAGACAUUUAGAUCAUGAAGCAGAGAGUCUGCGCAGCUCCAGUGGGUUCUGGUUGUUUGUGUGAAGAUCUUUGAAGGAUCUGCCCAUCUCAGUUCUGCCCAUGAAAAUGCCAAAAUGCUCAGCCAAAUUCAGGCUUACCAAAUCAACAUCCAGAAUUCCAUGUUGUUGAGACAACUUGCAUAAUAUAAUUUGCUCAGGCGUAGUAGGAGAGAAGGAGGUGUGCAUGGCACAGAGCUCCUUAUUUCCAGAUGUUUUGUUCAGGAUCCCUUUGCAUUUAUUUCUUUGCUGCAUUAACUCAAAUUGUCUUGGAGCAGAAUUCAACAUGCAAUUCUUAAACGGGUUACUGUUGGAUCCAUGGCAGGAUAUGCAGAUUUUUAAGCAUAUUUAUACCAUUCAGAAACUCCAACCAAUGAUGCCUUUCUAACAAAUGUUGCCUUCUAAGGAAGUGGGCAUUAUUUCAUUUCCACAUUUCAGUUUUAGGCUUCUUUCUAAACCCAGGAUGGGCAACCUACAGUUGCAGGCACCUGAUUUCUGUUUAUGACUCUUAGAGCUCCCUGGCUAUGAUGGCUAAACAUAAAGGCAAAGUCUCCUGCAAUUUGACACAGGAUACAUGAAUACUGCUAUACCAGCUCUAUGAUAGGCAUAUUGCUGUAACAGCCCCUCCCCACCUCUCUACUCUUCCAUGAUAUAACCCCACUCACUUUUUGCUCCUAAGCUCCAUCACAGUCUUAAACACAAUAUUGGCCAGCAAAGGUUUCUGAAAUAAAUAAUUCUGGAUUUGGUCAUUUUCUUCCUUCACCAUAAAGUCCUCAGCAGAUGAGAGCUUGAGAAAGAUCCACGUGGGAGUUGUGAGCACAGCAACCCUGGUUUCUACAAACACAUUUUGUGUGGUGUCCAAAGUAGGUCAAGUUCCCUUUUUCCCUCCUGUGUAACUGGAAUGUCAUGAAAAGCCGCUUACUGGAACUGAUCUCAAUAAUUGCCUUCUGAAUGGAAAACAUAUUAAAGAAAGUUUUAUAACCACUCUAAUUAGAGAAAGAUGGGAUCAGACUCACUCCUACUUUAUGUGAAAUGCUCAUUUCACUUUUGUCUAUUGGGCAAGGCUGCCUUCUUAGCCGGACCUGAUUGAAACAAGAGUUAGGCACUGCCCGCUUGCCGUUUUUGCUUCUUGGCUUUUUCGGUUAGAGACUUUGGAAAGCAAGGAUGGAGGCGGUGUGGGUCAAAAAUUGCACAAUGGCAGAUUUAUCACAACCCAAACCUUUUGCAUAUGGAUUGGUGCAUUCACAUACAAAAUGGCAAGGAUCUUGCAGAUUUUGUGUCGUCCCCCCCCCGCACCCGCCCACAAUCUGUGGACACUGCUGAGAUGAGAUGAGAUGGACUUUUGCAGCAUUGGCAGAGACAAAAUUUAAGGUUUAUUUGUGAGGGGGCGGAAUUGGCUGUUGGGUUUUUUUGAGGCAAAUGCAGAGGUUUAAAGUACCCCUUGCAUCCUUUGAAACUCUGCUUCUCCUAGGAACCAGCCAAUGUUCCUAUUUUGGAGAGCGCUUUAAAAGGCCAGUUGGGUGGCUUUCCUCCUUAACUUGCCAGUUCCCCCAAAUCAUGAAAAAGAAACCACCGCCAUAGACUCUGGUGAGGUCACAACAUCAUUAGCCAAAUUUCCUGUGGUCCCCAGUGGCAGAAGGACAUUAUAGCAUAAUUCUCAGGCUUUAAAAAAGGUUGCCCAUCCUUGGAUUUGGCAGAUGCUUUGGAUCCAUCCAACAAAGUCUCUGUUUAAUUCUUAUGGAUCAGUCACAGGUAUAUGUAGAGAUUUG